AUGUCUACCACUUCUACUCGAUCCAUUAACAGUCUUCAUCCUCGACACCAUGGCGAUGAUGAAUCAUGUCCCCCAUAUGGCUGUAAGGAUGGAAUCAACGUGGAAAGGACUCGUGAUAAUGUAGCCCAAAGGUUUUGGAACUGCAAAAAUUUCGUGUCAGCUCAAGGUCCAAAAUUUAAAUUUUUUAUGUGGAAAGACGAUGAAUUGGAUGAAGGGUAUUACAAAUACCAGCUUUGUAAGAUGAGUGUUCAGCUACGAAAAAGGAAGACCACAUUGAGGUUGCAAAGGCACAUAAGAAAUUGGUUAAGUUGA